UGCAGGGGCGCCAGGCAGGCAACGAGCCUACCGAACUCGACUGACCGCAUCCGGCGCGGCCGGGGCACGGUUUGACGAGCGGGGGAGCAGGAUGGCGACGUCCGCGUUCUAUAGCCGUCGCGUAGUGGCCUGCGUCUGGUGGUCAUUGUACGGCUGGCAGCGGCGUGGCGCGUCUCGCUGCUAACGUAGCCGUUUUCUGGUGUGGAGGAUGGAUCGGGACAUCGAUGUGAUCAGCAGCCCAAAAUGCCGGUGACGCCCACGCGCACCUUCGCUGAGUUAGCCUCCUGUCGCGCUAACGCAUAUGUGAUCCAGGGGGGUGCGAUUCCCAUGGCGGACAUUGGUCAGCCGGACGCAGUUGUUGGACGUAUGAACGAGGAAGAUCGGCAGCCGCUGGACGCGUCCGCCCGAUCACCGAAGCCACAGCCUAUUGGGCACGGAGCUGAUACAGCCGCCCGUUCGGAGCCCAGUUCCAUUUCCAUUCCACCGGCACGCCCAGGUCGAGCUGAUACGGUUCGCGCAAUCUCGAUGCCUGCGUCCGCGGCUCCCUCCUGCGGCUCUCAGGCUCAAAUUUGGCGGCUGUGUCUGUCAUCCACCCCAGGACAGGAGCCGCGCAAUCGGGUUGAAGUUCCCCUGGACGGGUGUCCUCGUGACGUGGCGGAAAUGUGCAGUCAAAUUCAUCGUCGGGGUCUUGCUGGAGUAGGCGGGCCACGAUGCUGUGCCUAUUGUGUCCGGGCUUCCACCAGGACAAUGCUCGGCUGCCAUGGGUGGUCCCUGAGCCCGAGCGUUGCAUUUGCACAGCGGAUUCCAGGCGUGCUUACCACGAAGCGAGGGAAGACUGCGAUCCGCCAAAGUAGCUCUCCGGCCGCGUCCGGACAUAUCGGCUUCGAGGGCCCAUCACAUUCGACUCUGCACGGACAUAUCACAUCCUGCUCGCCCGUCAGCUCGGUUCCUUCGCCAGCCUGGCACGCGGGCUGUCAUAUGGAUGCUCCAGCUGCCAGUGUAUGUAGUCUGACAGCCGCCACGUCGUGAUCCGGAUGCCACCACCGCGUCAGGCCGUGUCAUGAUCAGGACGGAGUGGACAGGCACUCGGACAGCUGUGCGAUCUGGAAGGCCGGGAUUGAUACGUCGUCGGGCACUUGCUGCGGUCGGAUCCUGC